UUUGUUACACGCUGGAAACCUUGUCGGAAGUGACGAGAAAAAUAAAAACGCUGCGCGAGGACAAAGAGAGCAUAUAAAAACAAAAACUAAUGGCGCGAACAGAAGAACGUCUACUGUCAAGACUCAUGAACAUCAUUUUUGCUCUUUUUUGAUAUUUCGAGAUACCAAAAGCCCACCGGUGUCCGCAAACGGCCUGUUUGCAACUUCUAUGAUACCUUUGGAAUAUGAAAUGAAC